AUGCAGACGCCGUCGCCCAUCACGCCUGACUUCUCCUACGAGCCCGGCAUGGACUCGCCUGUUUUCGCGCAAAAUGGCUUCUUCGUCGACCAGAAGUUCGGCGUCCCCAUGCAUCAAUCGUCCGGCCCUCUUCCUUACCACACCAACCCUGCCCAGGCUGGCUACUUCAGACCCGACCACAUGUCUGAGCACCCUGAUCAGGCGGCGAUGAACGCCCGCCCCAAGAAGAACAGCUACCCGUGCCCAAUGGCCAAGCAGUUUGGCUGCAACGACUUCUUCACUACCUCUGGCCACGCCGCCCGUCACGCCAAGAAGCACACUGGCAAGAAGGACGCCUUCUGCCCCGAGUGCAACAAGGCCUUCACCCGCAAAGACAACAUGGAGCAGCAUCGCCGCACCCACCAAAGCGGCCGCAAUGCCGCCAAGGGCGGUGAGCGCGACGUCAAGAAGGCCAAACAUCAGGCAAAGCGUCCCAAGCCAGCCCCGCUCCAGUCUUCGACGAUGCCUUCUCUGUCACAGCUUUCCAUGGUAGACCCGUCGCUUCCCCUCAGCCCGUCCGGAUUCUCCAUGGCCCCCGCCGUCCAGUCCACCGACUCUUUCCUUGAGUUCCCCAACAGCUCUCGGUACCCCGACCCGACUGCUUACAGCUACAACCCCGCUCCCGCCCAAUACGGUGGUCUCGACGCACUCGCCAUCGCAGCGAGUGGUGAGAAGCGCAAAUUUGAGUCAUAG